GUCUAAACAGUGCUAAAACCUUAGCCCUUCCUAAAGCAUUCGUAAUGGAUCUGUUGGAAACAAGACAGUCUUAGAGGGUAAAUAUUACAAAAAGGGUUUUAGCUUGUAGAUAUGUAACUCAUAACGCACUCCGCAUUCGCUCGUGCAUUGCAGGAUGAACAUGCUGAAAGAGAAGAUAAGCGUACUAUGGAAAUGGCGUCACAACUUCCUGAUGGGUCGGUCAGAACCGCUCCGCUGUGACAGUUUAUGCAGUCAAAAAAUCUCGUAAGCGACCACCUCGGGAACCCAUAAAAGUGGUCGCAGCUAGAGCUGGUUGUUCACGAGCUGUUUACUGGCGAGAAUUUUGUGAAAUUAUAUGCGCUCAUGAAGCGACCUUGGAUAUGAUUGAAAGCUUAUGUUUAUGUAUUUGAGGGCGCGCGGUCGCUUACAUACUAACUUGAGAUCAGCCUCCCUUUCGUGUCGCUUUUAUUGUAAAAUUCUGGUUUUAACACGAGCACGUAAGGGAGAAUGUAUAGUGUUAUGAAAGCACCUAAAAUAGAGCAUGAUCUUUGGAUACUUUGAGCAAAAAUCCUCGACAUAAUUUCUGUUAUUAUUCAUUCAAAAUAUUUCUCCGUUUCUGAUUGGCUAAAAUCCCACGUAUAAUUCAUCAUAAUUCACCAUAACCAGCUACUGUCGACCAAAUUUGGGUGAAUUCUGCAAUAUGUGAAAAAUAACUUCAAAUGUGCAGUAAAUUGCCAAAAUAUUGAACAGUUAAUCGCGAAGACCUGGGGACAAGGUUGAGUUGUUUUGGUAGUGAGUACAAAAUGGCGGAACAUUUCACUUGUUUCAUGAGGAAGAAAAAGGCCAACUAUUGGCUAAAAGCAUAGCAAGUACCUGGUGCAGAUCUAGGAUAAAUACUGACCAAUUUCCUAAACAAGCGCUGUAGGCGUAAGCUGCUGGAGGGGUCUGGGGGAUUUUAACUCCUUAAAGUCCCCUUUCCUGGGUUUCUGAGUCAUUCAGACAGGAUAUUGGCAAGUUCCUUUCUACUCGAAUGAAGCCUUGCAUCUUGAAACGUUUUUUAAAUUUUUUUAAUAUUAAAAACUGGUGUUAUAAAAAAUUUAAUAUUAUAAAAUUUAAUAUUAUAAAACGAUGAAAACGGGUGUGGAUCCGCGCCUGAGAACAGCAAGAAGACAACUCAAUGGAUGACAUCUGCUCUUUAGAGAAUAUUUUACAAAACUUAACAACCCUUUAUCUUCUAAACUUGCUGAUAAACAUGCACUAUCGAAGAUGAACUUAACAUCGACAGAGGUAAGCAUGUUUUAGCUUGGUUUGAAACUAGGAAUAAUUAUUUUGAAUGAAUAAUGAAAGAAUUAUUAAAUUUGGCUUUCUUAUCAUCUGAAGAAUUAUGGAGAUUUUGGAGGGUGUUAUCCGCCUCGGCCUCUCCUCGAUCUUUAUAAUAAUAUUCUUCAGAUAAUACGAAAGCGGAAUUCAAUAAUUAUUAAUUGUUGCCAGUAGGUAGGGGCUUUGCUCUUGGGAAUUCUUAGUGGGGGUGUGCAUCAGUGUUUCUCCAAAUCCUGACCCUUUUUCAGACCAAAAAAUGUCAUUUUCCACACCCAUUUUCAGACCUGAAAUAACUUAGAUUAGAACUCCAACAAGUCCAUUUUGAAUUCACAUAUCUUUCUUUCUUUUUCAUUUGGAAUUCUUUCUUUUUCAUUUGGAAUUGAAAUGUUCAUGCAUUCCUGUAGUUCCCUUCGAAAACCACAUCUGAUUCCAGACAAAACUGUUUAAAGCCUAUACCCAUUUUCAGACCGAAAUAGGGCUAAAACCAUACCCUUUCAGGCUCGCUCAGCACAGACCUAUAAUUGGCUUAUAUAAGGGAGUACCAUCCCCGGGAGUAUUUCAUUGAAUAAGUUUCUUUACGAAUCAUAGAUGUAUCUGUACAAACAAUAUUGCAUAAUCAAAUGGUGACAUCUGAAAUAAGGGAAUAAUUUCACAUGCCUUUUUGUUCAAAUAAUUUCUAAAAAUGUAAGACAUAUUGUGCCCUUGCUAUUUUCACUAGGCAGUAUACCUUUUAUAUUGAUUACCUAUUGAUAUGAAAUUCAUGGUAGCUCGAGAAGACAUCCAACAUUUUGUGACACCAUCACUGAGGUACUGAUGUCUCCUAUAAGUUUCCCUGAAAAAUUGUGUCUGAGAAACGAGUGCAUAAAUUCCAAGGUAAUGACAUGUCAGUACCAAGAUCUUGGGAGUGCUCUGAUUGGUUGAAGCAAAUGUCCCUACCCAGAUCUAUAGGUAGUGACAGUCAUCAGUAUGGAAUUUCUGGGCUCGCUUCUCAGACAUCAUUUUGCAGGGAAAUUAACUUGUCGUGGCAUCACGAAAUGUCGGCUUAAAUAUAUAAAUUAUUAUGCUCUCAAACAUGGGUUUUGCACGUGUGAAAUUAUAAGUUAAUUCUGAAAAUUGGCUCCGUAUUAAGAAGUUGUUUUUUGUCACCCAUGAUAUUACAUGUAUAUCCAGAAUUUGAUCAAUAAAUUAGUGAUUGUAUACGAGUGUUGACUGAGUGGUUGCUUAUGAGAAAUCAAUAACCUAAAAGUGUGGCUGUUUUUUCUAGUAGGAGCUUGUCAUAAUAUUUAGCUCACUUUUUGUGACAGAUCACAUUAAGAACUAUACAUUUUCUCUUGUCUUCCUGUCACUGGCCUUUUUUGUAGCUGGUGUUCAUUGAGUAAAAUGCAGAUGUAGACCAUACCAAGGUACUAUACAACUAAGAAAUUAAUAAUCAACGAUUUUCAAAAUUCUCUAGCUGUCAUCUUUGUUAUUGGCAGUCCUAAUUUCAGUAUUAAUGGGAGAGGUGACAACACUCAGUCCAACAUUUCAAUACUGUGACCAACUUGCCAUGUUAACUUAAAGUAAAUUACAUAAAUACAGUCCAUGAUUAUUUUAUUACCAUAGUUUGUAUUUAUGUUAUUUGCUUUAAAUUAAUGUGGCAAGUUAGUCAAAGUAUUUAAUUUUGUAUAGGCAGUCAAAAAUUAUGUGUAAUAAUAUUAAUAUUAAAUAUUGAUACAUACAUCUAAUAAUAGUAAUACAUGUUGAUUUUCCCCCUUUUCCAUGACUAUUUUUAUAGGUUAGAGGGAGAAAUAUGUUGUUCGAGGCUGCUAACAGUUCAAAGGAUUACCAUGGAGACCCACCUCAGCUUCUUUAUGAUGUCCCAUCUUCUAGUGGUAUUCAGACAACAGACAAGGAACCAAAAUUGCCUGUGGAUAUUCUGUUUUUGACAGUUGAGAAUGAUGAGUUUUUAGCUUGUUACCAGCAACUUAAAAAUCCAUGCAGACAGUGGUUUGAUGACCUUGGUUAUGUUUACUUUGAGGAAGAGGAUGAAAGUCAAAAAGAGAAAGUGAAAAUUGCAUUGUUGAAGUGCUAUGGUGGAAGUGGUGGUCCAGGUGGUUCUCUGAUUUCUGUGAAGAAUGCUGUCACUGUGCUAAGACCCAAGGCAGUUAUAUCUGUAGGAGCCUGCAGUGGUCUUAAUCCUGCGAAAACAAAGUUAGGAGAUGUCAUUGUUUCAUCUAGAUUAUCAACUUAUGCAUCCAAACUAGUAAUGUCUGAUCAAGAGCAAUCAACUGGCUUGAGAACUUAUAUCAGCAAACAUUUUCUUAAUGUCAUAAAGAAUUGUGCUGAUGGCUGGGAGGCUCCUUUGAAGAAUCCGGAAGCAAGUCAAGCAGUUGAAGUACAUUGUGGUGAAAUUCUGAGUGGUCCAGAGCAGAUCCAGGCUGAGUAUCGACGUGAUCAACUGGCUAAGUGCAACCUGAUGGCAAUGGCUGUGGAGAUGGAAGGCGAAGGUGUUUGUCAUUUUUUGUGUAAUCAUAUUCCAGAAACUUCCUGAUAUUACUUGAUAUGCAUAUAGUGCACAAGUCUUUAGUGCAAUGACUCGUAAGAUGUACGAAAAACUCAGGAAAAUGUAGUGAGAAUAUAAUGGUCACACGGAGGUACUGAUGUCUCCUUGUGACACUCCCUUCCCAUCAGUCUCUUUUUUGACUCAGUGCUAGAGUAACUAGCCUGAGUUAAUUGGUACAUAGUGUCUGUUUAGUACAUAAUUAUUAUAGAUCAAAGAUGACUUAAAGAUAAUUAUGUUUUAAGAGCAAAAAACUAGGUUGGUGAGGGCAUUUGAGUCAUAGAAGGGUUUAGAUUGUUCAUAAUUAUUUUCCCCAGAGUUUCACCAUUGUUCAUAUUUUUGUCUCAGUUGUGGGGAUCUUACAUUGCUUGUAGUUGCUGUAGGAGAGAACCCUGGGAACAAGGUGAUGUGAUGUGCUCUUACAGUGCUCAGUGGGUCCUUGAACCUAACUUUUUUUCUUUGGGAUUACAAAAUCUUAGUUUUUUCAUAAAAAAAAUUAUUUCCUAGACAGGCUGGAUUCCACAGGUUUGGAGCUUUGAACUCCCUUCAAGUUUUCUUAGAGCACAGCCUUUUAGAACGGUUACACACCAUUCUAGACAAAACAUUUUUCGGUGCCAUGUCAGCUACCACGGUUUAUUCUAGAAAUUAGCGAAUGAGGGUCAAAUGGCCCCCCUUCUGUAAUUUUAGGGGAGCCCUUUUUCAAGAAAGGGGGAAGGGAAGCUUUGCCGCCAUUUUGGAACAUUCUGGGCAACUGAAAAAGCCUGGGCUCGAAUGACUGCAGAAUCCCGGGUGUUUUGUGUGGUGAAAUAAUGACUCAAAAAGAGAAGAACAGAAAGGCAAUUGAGGCAGUAAGAGUCUAUAAAAGUUCAAAGUAAGUUUAUAGAUCGGCCGUCAAAUCAGUGUUGUUGUCAGUUACGUUUUCGAAUACUCUAUUUCAAAUAGUACUUAUCCUUCGGUCUUUAUUUUUUGCGCCCCAUUUGACGCGGCAGCGUAAAUUUUAUGCGGCUUUUUUUCCAAAUUUCGGGAAUCCCACAAGGCUGCGCUCUAGAAUAAACCCUGACUGUUAUAUGUGUCUGUACUGAGAGAGAUCACAGGAAACGACCAUGCCAGUCACAAAUAGUGGGCAUUUUAUUCAGUACGUUGUUCAAAAUGGAAUAAAGUACGGUACAAUAAUAUACUUUAAUUACCUUGACCUGGCCCUUGAAUGCAUGUGUAGUUGUGUCUGAUAAAAAAUGUUCAACUGUUUGUUUGAAAUUCAAACAUCAAGUUGAAACAUCAUGUUAUGAUUGGCUGGUGUGAUAUCGAUUUUACCGACCCAACACAUGUAAAUGUAAAUGUAAAUGAUGUUAGAAAACGUAUGACAGACACUUGCAUCCAUCAACUGAAGUCAAACUUUCCUCUGUUAAGUCACUUCCCUACCUCUGAAAGCAGAAGAGUUACAUAACUCUGUUUUGGAUUACAGGUGUUUUCACUGCAGCAUUUGACAGCGGGAUUGAAUGGCUGAUUGUCAAAGGAAUAGCUGAUUAUGCAGUUAGCAGCAGUGCUCAACAGAACGCAAAAAGUUGGCGUCGCUGUGCUUGUGUGAUGGCCGCUUCACUUGUUAUGCAUAUUUUGAGUAAUUCCACUGUUUUCCGUUCCUGGCCUCAUUAUAAAGGUAAUUUUGACAAAACCCUAGUCUUGUUUUGUUUGUUUGUUUCUAUUUUGUUGCGUUUUUUUUAUGUAUCUCAACUUCAAAAAUGCUGUUAAAGCGAAAAGUAUCCUGUGCCAGUGACGAAACUUAAUUCUGAGGAUGACACACAAGUUUCCUCUGUUCAACGACAACCAUUUCUUUGAUCAUUUUUGUCAUAGUUAAUUUUUGCAGUAUUACUGAAAACGGCACCAACAAAAAAGCUCUGUAUGACAGUGUACUUCCCCUCUGCCUUCUCUCCAAACCUUGAAUUAAUCCCUGUGGUCAUCACCAUGGCAAUCUGCAGUAUUAAGGCUGAUGUCAACUAUAGGGAUAAUGAUACGUUAAGGUGCUCAGACCAAACCUAUAUUGAAAAUAAUUUAUUACUUUCUGAUCAGUGGUAUGACACAAGUUCAUUUCUCAGAAAUGCUCGGCAAACCAUAACUGAGUAGUUUCUUUUUUUGUUCUUUCUUUCUUUGUCUAUUUACAAAUUUGCCCCCUGUUGUAGGUUCUUUUGCUAUUACCCAACCCAAACGCUAUAAGUAUAACACUUCAUAUCCUAAGAAACUAAGAUUUUUAAAGUUGGUUUUUCAAACUAAGUGUGCCCUUUUGCGUGCAAGGUGUUCGCAAGACGAUGAUUGAUCAUGAAAUUAAUUUUACUUUCUUUGCACCAGGAAGAGUGGCAGGGAUAAAACGCAGCGCAGAGUGUGUGGAAGUCGCGGGAAGUGUUAAAUCUCUGAAGUCAGACGUCGCUGAUGUGCAACUGCGAUUAACACAAGUGGAAGAAAAACAGAGCUCUGCUGAACCUCCAAUAAUUCCAGGUUAG